CCUUGCCGUUCGAUCGCUGGAAGGGACUUGGUCCUUACUUCAUCGUCUCUGGCAUUCUCCGCGCCUCUUUCACUCUCCUCGCCACAUCGCCGCCAUACCUUCGAUUUCCUUCCACCCAAAACGGCCGAUCCUAUACAUCAUCAAGGCACAAAGCCCUUUCCAGGAGCCAUGGCUCAUAAGAUUGCGAAAGCCAUUAGGCGCGCGGGUGCCCCCUCGAAGGCGCGUGUAUACGCGGAUGUCAAUGUUAACCGCCCUAAGGAUUAUUGGGACUACGAGACCCUCACCGUUCAGUGGGGGGAGCAGGAUGACUAUGAGGUUGUGAGGAAGGUCGGCAGGGGAAAGUAUAGCGAGGUUUUCGAAGGGGUUCACACCACCAACAAUGAGAAGUGUGUUAUCAAAAUUCUUAAACCAGUCAAGAAGAAAAAGAUCAAAAGGGAGAUUAAGAUUUUACAAAAUCUUUGUGGUGGACCAAAUAUCGUGAAGUUGCUUGAUAUUGUAAGGGAUCAGCAGUCAAAGACACCAAGUCUUAUAUUUGAAUAUGUGAAUAACACAGACUUUAAAGUGCUGUAUCCCACACUAUCAGACUUUGAUAUUAGAUACUACAUCUAUGAACUUUUAAAGGCUUUAGACUAUUGCCAUUCGCAAGGUAUCAUGCAUCGGGAUGUGAAGCCUCACAAUGUCAUGAUAGAUCAUGAGCAGCGCAAACUUCGCCUGAUAGAUUGGGGGCUUGCAGAGUUCUAUCAUCCUGGGCAGGAAUAUAAUGUUCGUGUUGCUUCGAGAUAUUUUAAGGGCCCUGAACUUCUUGUUGAUUUACAAGACUAUGAUUACUCCUUGGAUAUGUGGAGCCUGGGAUGCAUGUUUGCUGGAAUGAUAUUUCGUAAGGAGCCUUUCUUUUAUGGGCAUGAUAAUUAUGAUCAAUUAGUCAAGAUUGCCAAGGUGUUGGGGACAGAAGAACUGAAUGCUUAUUUGAGCAAGUAUCGCAUAGAAUUGGAUCGGCAUCUUGCAGCCCUUGUUGGAAGGCAUAGUAGAAAACCAUGGACAAAAUUCAUUAAUGUCGACAAUCAACAUUUGGCUGUUCCUGAGGCAAUUGAUUUUGUCGACAAAUUGUUGCGAUAUGAUCAGCAGGAAAGGUUGACUGCUAAGGAAGCAAUGGCCCAUCCUUAUUUCUACCCAGUACAGAGAGCUUAAAAUCACCCAACUCAUGGCCAUUAAUGCUAAUAAUCAGUUGGUCCCAUCCCUGAGGUCUAAUUUUCCCUGUCUCUGUAGCAUUGUUGUGCAGUUGAUUGAUUCUAUACUAUUGCUUGUGCAUACUGCUUACCAUCUGAUUCAUGUAACAAAUUUCUGUCUCAACUGUAAACUCUAUGAUCUGCUUUUCAUGGUUCUUAAGAUUCUUGUUGAUUUGGGAAAUUACCCGUGUGUCUUUGAGCUGGGCGGGUGCAUGAAACUGGUGAGGAAGUUAGGACAUAUGGGAAGGGAAGUAUGGUUUUAGAAAAAGAUAGGCAUUCAAAGUGGAGUGAGUUAUGUUCUUUUUAUCCAAGUCAAUUAUGGACACAGAUGACUGUCGUUGCUUAUGAUUAGUCCAUUCCAUUUAAAUGAA